UUAAAAAUACCAUUGCUACGUCCGUAAACGUUUUAUUCCGCCCAAGAAAAAUAUUUACGCCGCAGUUGUUGUAAUCAGAGAAGAAUUUCGCUCGAACCUUUCAAUUUCGUACGUGUAAAAAUUCACCGGUCGGACAUUGUAUAGGCGGUACCAGUUGCCCACACGUAAAAGCAAUAUCGUAUCCGCGCGAAAACACGGUCUCCUUGAGAAAGUUUCCAGUUUCCCCCCGCGGCACCCUUUUAAGCGAGCGCGCACAUCAAACGAAUUACGCGAUCCUGAUAAAUAGAUAAGAAUUAAACGCGAAGGUGCAGGCGCGAAGGAACCGCUCCAAUAGAUCAUCGUUGGAAGACAACGAGACUUUAUGACACUUUUCUUUCUCUUUUUGAUUAACACGAAGAAAACUCCGGUCCCGUUUCCGUCCGUCGGCCACCACGAUUCCGUGGUCCGUCGUAUCCAGGCCACGACAAUGGUGGUGGUCUUCCACCACUCCUCCCUCCUCCUCCUUCCUUCCGCCUGCACACACGGGGAUCCAGCCUGGGUUAUUAGCCCCGGCCUCUUCUAUGAUUAAUGCCCGCUGGACUUUGGAAAAUUGGCCGUGGCUGGACGAAAAAAAAAAAGAAACAAAAGAAAGAAGGGCGGAUAAAUGCGAGUCACGCGCGGGGACGUGCGUACGGGUGUUGAUGAAACCUCGUGGUAGGUGGUUUCGUGGACACGAAAAAGAAAGAGGGCGAGAGAGAGGGAGGGAGAGAGAGGGCUUACUGCCGAAGAAGAGCCGUCGCGGAUAAAGGGAACGACGGGUGGCAGCGGAAGAGUUCGCGUGUAGCUCGUAAAAUCCCCAUAGGUUCGUAACAUCCGGUAAAGCUCGGUCACACCUGAGCCCAUAAGCGGCAUCGAAUAUUAAUUAGAGUGGAUGUCAGUUUCGCUUUCCGUAGCGAUCGUGCGUCACGCCUUGUUUUCGUUACUGUCUUCGCUCCGUCUUCUUUCCCCUCUUCUUUCUUUCGACACAUCGACGCGAUUUCCGAGAAUAGGCGGCGUUAAAACGUGUAUCGCGCGUUGAACUUUAUAUACGAAUAUGUUGUCGAAAUGGAAUAUCGAAAAACAAAUCGUGCAACGAUUUUUGAGGAAAGAAAUUUCCUCCCCGUUGUGAAUAAGUUUGAAUUUGCAAAAUUAAAUUCUCUACACGAUGAAAUAGAGGAAUGCUACGUAUUAUCAGCAAUUUUUAAUAAAUAUUCGAGUGGCUUUACAUACGAAUAAAUUUCGAUCCUCCUUUUAAUUACUCCGUUCGCAAAUGCCGAAAGUGCGAAAUUCGGCGUUUCUCUUCUCCCCCUCGUUUCUCCUCUUUCCACACUUCUUUCGUCGCCGUGUCAUCGAUGCCCGAAGGCGACGCCCUUUCGCCCUUUUUUCCACUGCCUGUCCUCUCCCAACUCAGUUGUGGGGUGGCUUAAGGAAUGCGUCGACACACGUCUCGUGCGGAUAACGUUCGCGGGAACAAGGAAAGAAUUUUAGUGAACACCGACCCGUGUAACGCGACGGUUGAGAAAUGGUGGCGGUGCACGCCCAAAAUAGGACGUGGCGACAGCCACGGGCGGGGAAAAAAGAAAAAAGAAAAAUUGGGCGAGUGACGGAGCGAUAGCCUGCCACGGAGUGAUCUGUUAAUUGCCUCGCCCACGCUCGCGCGGGCCCACAAAAAAGGAUUGUCGUUUUUCCCUUGUUUCUAAGUUCGUCUCUCGCGAAGAUGUAGAAUGGGACGAAUCGCGAGAAGGAUCGAUGAAAACUUUCGCAAUUAAUCCAUCCUCGAUUAAUCGUAGGGGUAGAUCGGGUAGAUUGGGUAGAUUGCCGUCCAACUUUCUCCGAUAAUCCUGACGAUCGGUUUUGGUUUAAUGACAGCGGUCCUCCAACUUCUCCCUUGUAGAUUUUACCCUGAUGGGUAUUGCCAUUGUGUUUCGUCUCCAUCCUAGGGGCGGAAAAUUUAUUUAUCCAUUUCUCUUUGAACAGAAAAAAAAUUAACAAGUAACAGUUUCGAGUUCGUUCUUCGUUAAUCGCCGAGGAUAUAAGAUCUUCGAUAACGAAGUAAAAACUGCAGUUACAAUUUCGAAAAAUUGUUAUACAUAAAUCCACGUACGUGAAGAGCAUUUCGAGUACCUAGAAUGAUUUUCAAAGGGUCAAGCCGAGCUCGCAAAACCCUCCCGCGUUACGGGAGCGAUCGAUAAUUAUCAUUCUCAAAUGAUCGGCCGACGAUUAACAAACAGCUGCUCAUCUCACGAGGCCGGUGACCCUUUCCGGCUAUUGAUUUUUCGGAUUUGAAACCGCGAAGGGCCGAAACGGCUUCCACGGCUGCCGCUAGGGUAAAUAUUGGAUCGUUGAGUCUGACGUUGAUUGCGUGGAAGGGAACAAAUGUAAUUUUAAUCGGUGCUCGAGAGCGGACGAGAGGGGUCAGACACUGGGAACGUCGGGGCCGAAAGUUAGAACAAUCGUCCACGCGCGGCCGUCCUCGCGGGAAGUGGAUUAAAAUAUCGAUCCCCCGGCCGAUCGAUGAGGGGUGGUGGCGGCCGCUUCAUAGAAGCACGAGCGUGUUGUAUCGGGGUCAGUGGACACGUCGGUUGGCCGCGAGCCAACGUAAUAUCACUCUAUGUAUAUCGCCUCCGAUGAAAAUCGCGAAGCAGCCGUGCCGAUUUCUUUCUUUCUCGUCCCGAAUCGAGGAAGAAAGAUCCGUUUCUGGAAUACGAGGAUCGGCGAUUUUAUGGGACAGGCGAGUUUUCACGGAUUCGAGGCAAAGGAGAAUGUUCAUUGCAUUCGUUUCCGAUUUCAUCGUCGUCGAGUUUUGCGAGAGGAUCGAAGGGGAUAUCGAGAAGCUUCGUGACGAGCAACGUGGCGCAUGAUUUAAGCUUAAAUCGCUGCUAGGUGGGAGGAUUUGAUAAAUGUACGAAGUCGGCCGUGAAAUCGAUCUGACGGAUUUUUCCCCGUUUUCGAUACGCGGCGAAUGAUUCGUGUAAAUUCCCGCGAAACGCAAAAUCCAUUGUGUAUCGAGUACGACAAUGUACAACGAUGCGCGAUACGCAAAAAAAAAAAAAAAAAGAUUUCAGAAAUUAUUCGAGGAAUAGAUAGUAUAUUUUCGAGCGAGCGUGAAAUUUAACGCUCGAACGUAUAAUAACAUUUGAGGCACGAGGCGGGAAUUGUUUAUUUUUAUUCUUAAAGUGUUCGGUACGACCGUGGAUUUCAGUCGACACGAAUACAAACACAAGUCGGGCGAUCGAGUUUAGUACGCGGACGAACGCCACGCCGUACGGAAGCAUAAAUUCGUUCGAUAUUUAAUUCGUCGAGAAAAAGAAAGAAAGGAGGAAAUAUCGUGGAAUAAAGAAAAAAGAAAAGCGAUAUAAAAUACAUUCCAUCACGCGUAUACGCAAAUACGCUCGAUACGAAUUCAACUGUGCGUAAUAAUUUCCAUCUCAGCAGUAUCAACGAUCACGGACCGUAGUCACGACUAUUUAAAUCAGAAUUUCUGAAAUGAUAACUUCAUUUCCCACUCCCUAUAAAACUUUUCCAACUUUACCGUAUCUUUACCGUAUCUUUAUCACCUUGUCCCGAUGGGCUCUUAACCACUCGAAGACACGAAGGAGCUUGGACAAAUAAGGUGACGCGUGCAACGCGAGUGGAACGAUCGAACGUGCAUCAUCGUCCGAGUGUUAUUUCAUAUAUAUAUAUAUAUAUAUCGGUUCGAGUCGCGAGUCAUCGAGUUGUGGACGAAGGAUACAAUAACCGAGUGUGAUAGCCGCGAAAAGAUUUAACGAUCGACAGGACGAUGGGUGCAGUAACCUGCAGGGGCGUGACCAGGGCUUCUGGGCGCGACACGAUAUCGAUUCUACUUAACGAUAAGAGGACACGAGGCGAGGCGUGUGUCAUACGGAAAGGGAACGAACACACUUGGCCGACGACGAUACUUUCCUUUCGAAACGAACUCUCUCACGAUCCUCGAACGCGAAUUUUACGAUCGAUACCGGCUCCUACGAGAAGCGGCUCGUUCGACGUCAAGAUACUGCACUUACGAUCUAAUAUAGCGGAUAAACAUUGCGUUUCUCUUUGAUUGGUGAUUCAAAGUCGAGUCUUUUUUCUUUUUAACGACCGGUCGUUUUUUGAAAGAUGGAAACUUUAAAUUUUCCACGCGAAGUUACAAUUACUCGUUUUCUUUCUUAAUCUCUAAUCGAAUCGGAGCAAGAUCCUCGUUGUUCUUUCCCGUGAAAGUGAAGUUGAAGAAUCGACGCAGAAUUCAACAAAAUGGCGAGAAGUCAGUCAAGUAUGUUACAUAAUAGGGGGAAAAGGUUCGAGAAGAUUGGAGCUCAAAGGCGAGCGGUUCCUUUUAUCGACACGCAAAGCGUUCGGCAGAUACGGUUAUGAGAAGAGUUCGAUGACCAGUGGAUAGCGGACCAUCCAUCGACGCCACCAUGGACUACUACCUGCACACGUGCCUCAUCUUCUAUCUAUCGAUCCUCUGUUUCCGCGGAGGACGAACUAUAGACAUAUCACAAUGCAUCGCGCCCCUGGGGAUGGAAUCUGGUGCGAUUCCCGAUGCAGACAUCACAGCGAGCUCGAGUUUCGAUAGCGGAAACGUCGGUCCGCAUCACGGACGGCUGAAGCAGGAGAGCCACGGAGGUGCCUGGUGCCCGAAGCUGCAGAUCACCACAGAGCCACGCGAGUGGUUGGAAAUCGAUCUUCACACGGUCCACAUGAUCACCGCCACAGGCACUCAGGGCCGCUUUGGCAACGGCCAAGGUGUCGAAUACUCGGAGGCGUAUAUGCUCGAGUAUUGGAGGCCGAAGCUCGGCAAGUGGGUCCGGUACAGGGACGUGCGGGGCGAGGAGGUGAUCGACGGGAACAAGAACACGUACCUGGAGUCGAAGCACGAGCUGGAGCCACCAAUGUGGGCGAGCAAAGUCCGCUUCUGGCCUUACAGCUACCAUCGUCGCACCGUUUGCAUGCGGGUGGAACUGUACGGUUGCCCGUGGAACGACGGUAUCGUGUCGUACUCGAUGCCCCAGGGCGACAAACGCGGCAACUGGGAGUUCUUCGACGCCACGUACGACGGUUACUGGGACGGCCAGCUUCUGCGUGGACUUGGACAGUUGACGGACGGCAAGAUCGGGCCCGACAACUUCAAGAUGAGCUACUACGAUUACGACAGGGGUCAGGGAUGGGUCGGGUGGAGGAACGACACCAGGUCCGGCCAUCCGCUCGAGAUCAAGUUCGAGUUCGACCACGUGAGGGAGUUCUCGGCCGUGCACAUAUUCUGCAACAAUCAGUUCACCAAGGAUGUCCAGGUGUUCUCCGAGGCUAGCAUAAUGUUCAGCGUCGGUGGCAAAUAUUACACGGGCGAUCCGAUCGUGUACUCGUACAUGGAGGACAGGAUCUUCGAGCACUCGAGGAACAUAUCGAUCAAGCUGCACCAUCGAAUCGGCAAGUUCGUUAAGCUGAGGUUCAGCUUCGCCUCGAGGUGGAUCAUGAUCAGCGAGAUCACGUUCGACUCUGAUAUCGCUCACGGGAAUUUCACCCCGGAAUCACCGCCCACGACGGAAGCCCCGAGACUAAGGGAUCGAAUCUCGGCGCGGGACAAUCCUUUGCAAGCCGAGGUUCCAGUCGUGAAGCAAGACGAUUCGAAUUACAUGGCCGUGAUCAUCGGCGUUUUAACAGCGGUGAUCCUCCUGCUCGCAGUGGCCAUUUUCUUGAUAAUCACGCGGCACAGGCAACGAAAGAACUUCGCGAGCCCGCUGGGCACCAAGACCGCGAUCCCGUCGAGCAAUCAUCAACACCUGUCGCCCGAAUCCGCUUACGGGACAACGGAGAAAGAUCCAUCGUUGAUGACGUACAGGGUGGAGGAGUUGGACGAUCGAUACGCUGGAACCAAGCUGACCACGCUUCCACGGGAUCUGAACGAUCGUCUGCUGGGGGACGUGAGGCUGGACGAGUAUCAGGAGCCAUUCUACGAGAACAAGCACAGGGAACCGCCUCAUGCCGCUUAUUACGGGUAUAGCACCGUCGUUAUAGACAACAAGGAUCUUCACGACAACGUUGAGCAGUCUGAUGCCACAUACGACUACGCGGUACCGAUGCCUGUGCCUAGUGUGAGCAGCGAUCAGGACAGCGUUUUCUCCAAGUCUUCAUCGAGGGGUAGCGCGAAGGCGUGCUUGCAGAGCUUCUUCCCCCCGCCCCCGCCCCCGAUGAGCGCGCCACCCCCACGAGGAUCCAGUAAUCUCACGUACUCGAACCCGCCGAGCCCGGAACCAGUUUGCGAGCGCGAGCGCAGAGGAAGCAAGCGCCGCGAGCACUCGAUGCACAGAUACGCGUAAGGACACGCCACCAGCUACCACACGCCACACUCAAGGCUGCUCCACACCGCCGGAUCGAAGGUACGCGACAACAAGGUUCGCCCAUCGUUGACAAAUCGAGAGAUCCUUCGGCAUCCGCACGACCCUUCCCCGUUCCCCUUCCCCAAUCUUCCACUUUCUACUCGAUCCUCGAUCAACGAUCCCCGUGAAAAGAGAAAGAAGAAGAAGAAAAGGAAAGAGAAACACGCGGGCGAUGGAUGGUGAAAAAAAGGCGUAGCGUGAAAAAAGCGCAGCUGAGAGGAAGAAGAGGAGGAAGGAGGCGAAGAGGAGACGGAUCGACGAGUUUGUGUGCGAGAUCGAAGAAGGGGAGGACAUUUUGGCCCCCAAACUUUCGCUCUACCUCUCUUUCUCUCUCUCUCUUUCUCUCUCUAUCUUUCGAGCGGUCCAAUUAAUAGAAAAGAAAGAAAGAAGGAUAGCGAGAUCGUGGUAGAAUAUAUACAUAUAUAUGUAUAUAUAUACAGCCAACUCGGUUCUCGAUCUCAUCGAAAAAUCUUUCUACGACGAGCACUGCCAUUCGCGCACUUUCCAAGCGUAUUAUAUACCCUUGGUGUAGUAGAGUAGAGGCGUACAUCCUCGAGUGGAGCGCGCACAAGAGGACGACUCAACCUACUCGUAGUAGGUAGGUAGGUAGGUAGGUAGGUAGGGGACGCGUAACCGGAGUUGUAACUACAAUUGGCAUAUCAGUUUAACGGCGAGAGACGACUCCUCUCUGGAAAUUCGGAAACUGCUCGCCUGGCAACUCUUCUCCCGCCUUCAACCUGUGUGGAAAUCAAAGCCUCGAAGAAACGAUGUGCCGAUGUGCCAUCUCUAUUUUCUGCCAGUUUUAACAGGGUUCGCGAAUCGAUGCAUAUCGAGCGAAUUUCGCUAUACGACUUCGCUCGGUUGAACUGUCCGAUCUAGAAAUUUCGAAAUGCCCGUCACUUUUUCUAUAGGAUAGAUUUAGGCUACGUCCUUUUCCAGAGCUUUGUAAUUUCAUUUCGAAAGAGUCAAAGGACCUCGUGAAAGUGGUUCCAGAUAAUUCUAGAUACGAACAUUUUGAUCGAGGGUUCGUGAGAAAAACGAUCUUUGCCCAAUCACAACCAAGAUUCCUCGCAAUUUUGUGAAUUGAUUAAAAAUAUUGAUCGCAAAUAUUAAUCUUCCGCAACGUAAUCAAGAUACGAUAAAAAAUACAAUAUUUCCUUAUGGAGGAUUUAAAUUUCUUCAAGAUUUUAAAAAAUACAUCCCGUUCUUUUGGGAAAAGAAGAAAUCGUUACGUUUUUAAUUACGAAUCCUUCCACGCAAUAAGCGAUUGCCAUUUGCUCGAUAUGCAAACUCUUGCAAUAAUUCAAUCGUGUUCGAAUCGAUCUACUGCGAAUUUUUUAUAUACACGUUAGGGAGUAACGAGGCUUCGAUUUCACGGUCACAUCGCAAUUUUCGUCGAAAUCUUUUUUUUCCAAAAAAAAAAAGAAAAAGAAAAAGAAAGAAAGAAAGAAAGAAAGAAAAAAGAGCAACGUUUCUCAAACAACCUUUCUCUACUUUUCCGCCGAGAUGAACUCUUCCCCCCACUCCCCCGACUGGGGAAAUACGCGCGAAAAAGUUAUCCCGCAACCUUUCCUCCAUCCCCUUCCCUAAAUUCCAAACUCGGAGUGAGUUACACAAGGUUCAGAAGUUCCCAGGGAGUGGAAACGGGGUGGAGGGGUGGGGAGAAAAGGGAGAGGGAGCAAGGGGAGGGGGGAAGAGCAAAGGUAAAGAGAGUCAUAUUUUUCGUUGAUACUGCCUCGCGUGUUCUUUCCAACGUUUUUCCACAACGCUGCCACAUUUCUUCCGCGUCGGUAAAAAGCGCGAGCCGCGUUAGCAGCUUCGUUAGCAGGGAGGCUGCCGUGUUCCUCCUUACGAGGGGGGGAAGGGAAUCCAGAAGAAAUUGCGACUCGCGUGGCGCUGAAAAGAAAGAAAUAAAGAGGAAGAAAAGAAAAGAAAAGAAAAGAAAAAAAUAAUAAAACGGUAGCCGCGAUAAGGAAGGAAGGAAGGGAAACCGAUCUGCGAGGGAAGGAUUUCCAGAAGGAGUCGCGCGUGGUUUAAUGGUUUCGUCUGUACGGCGCGCAUGUGCGAGCGGAUCGAGCUCGCUAUCGAUUCGUGGCGAGCGAUAAAACGAGAGGGGUUAAAAAAAUAAAAAAGAAGAUCCGUUGGACGAAGAAGAAGAAGAAGAAGAAGAAACGGAGAAAGUAUACUCUUUACUUUCGCUUUUCUUCUUUUUUUUCUUUUUUUUUUCUUCGUUCCUAUAAGAUAUUUAUUCGACUUGGCGCGAGACUUCCAACUCGCGAACGAUAAUAAUUAAUUACCGGUUAAUUGUUUCCGGUAGUGCGGAGUAUAAUAAUUCAGGUGACGGUUCCACGAUGACUGGAAAAAAAAGGGGAAAAAAAGGGACGUCAGGUAUUGUCGUGGCACAGGAACGAGGAUGGAAAGAAAGGAGAGACGGCAACGCGUGGAAGAUCGACGCGGUGAUAUCGAACGGUAGCCGUUUAAGAGGGAAAGGCAAGAAAGGUACAGGCUAAAGGGGAGGAGGGAAGGGAGGAAAGAUUUGUGGGGAGAUGGAGAACGUUAGCGAGCUUCGAUCCCCGCCUCACACAACAAGACUGACGUCAAAUAAAUAAUUGAAUAUCCCGAUAUUGUGCUAUGUAAUACGCGCAGAUAGGCGCGUGUACACGCGCGCAUGCGCGCGUAUUUCGUCGUAUUAUUUAUUAUAUAUCGCGGCAUAUAGCGCCCCGUAAACGGAUCUUUAAUUUAUAUACGUAUUAUACAUACACGCGUAUAUAUGUAUAUAUAUAUAUAUAUAUAUACAUAUGAAUAUGCGAGGGAGGAAAGAAGAAUAAAAAAUAUAUAUAUAUAUAUAUUAUAAAUAGAUAUAUAAAUACAACAAAAGAUAACGCGGUAAUUAUCGUGCGUCGGCGGAUUUUAAGCGUAAUAAUAUAACGAUAUAUAUAUAUAUAUUGUAUAAGCCCAACUUUAUUUCUCUAUCACUACCGACAUCGCCUUCAUGCAACGAGGAAAAAAAAAAAAAGAAAAGAAAAGAAAAAAAGAAAUCGAGGGAUUUAACCGACGUAAGGAAUCGACAAUACAGGGAUGAGACAACAAUAAUUAAAUACAUGUGUACGUAAAUGAUGAAAGAUUAAAAAGAAAAAAAAAAAGAAAAAAAAAAGAAAAAAAAAGAGAAAUAACGCGAGGAAUAAUGGUAAAUAGGCACGGUGUUUCACGAAGCGAGGAUGGAGAGAAACCGACCACAUUGUGAUAUAUUAAGAAAAACUAAAUAAUAAAGUAAAUCGAUUGAACAAACGAAGGGACGAAGGCAGAGACAAAUUUACGCGAGCUUUCGUUGAGGAGAAGGCUGUUCGUUGAGAAUUUCACGACACCCCCCCCUAUUUCUCACUCCCCAUUUUAAUUCGAACUAUCCUCGAGACGACAAUGUGUAUAGAACGCUUGCAAAAUAUACAUAUAUAUAUAUAUUUUCGAUUUACAUACACACUUUCACACACAUAUACACAUAUUUCGAUCCUUUAUAGAUCUACAUACAUAUGAGAUAUACAUUUCCUUUACCUCGUGACAAAACGAAAGAUCGUCUUUAAGAAGAGAUUGUUCAACGAAAAGCUCCUCUCACUCUCUGGACACACGCGUGUAGCAUCUGACAACGAUCGGGAAAAACUUUACCUAUGUAUAUUUAGUGUUUAAUCGUCGCCACCGUAGAACGUUAAAGGUAAAUCGUAAGAGUGACAGCUUCGAGUGCUUCGAGUGUAAAUAUAACCGUUAGGGACCUCGUGACACACGUACAACACGUACACACUCUCUCACCUAUACACACACCUUUCAAGCGCCUUAAGUUGGGGGGAAGGGGGCACUGAGCAAAUAACUUGGUCGCAAUAAUAAUCGUCGUUUUCUUGCUCGCUCUUUCAGUCGUUGUUGUCUUUUACCUUUCAUUUUUAUCAAUGACGAAAGAUCGAAGGGGGAAAAGAAACGUAAUAAUUGUAAUAAUAUAUAUAUAUACAUAUAUAUAUAUAUAAAAUGAUGGUUCGACGAGAAAAAGAUAGAGAAGAGAAGAGAAAGAGAGAGAGAGAAAGACCUAUCCUUUCAAGCUUCUCUUUCUCUCACCCUCAAAUUCGUCGCAACGAUGAAAAACUUUUCAUCGUAAAGCGCGUGUUUCGAUCUUCGUUAUAUCACGGAUCCGUUUCCCGUCGACAGGGAAAACGGAGAUUCCUUAUCGUGGGGCAAUUUUUCACCAAACUUCUGCAAUAACCGAGCAUUAAGUACCUUGAACUUCUCGUGCACUUCCAUAGCGCGCCUAGCCAGUCAGUUCUUUCGAUAAUCGUCAAUUUAUCUUAAAGCGUGCACAGACGGUGAAAGGGAACACGCGCCGACUAUCCGUUAAAGAGGAAUUAAAUCAAUAACUUGAGAGAAUCGAAGAAGCUUUUCGAGAGAUUCGGUGACUUAAAAAGUAGAAGGGGGGGGAAAAAAGGGAAAGGGGGAUAUAAAGGGGACGAAGUGAAAAAUAAAAGAACGGGUGAGUGAAAGAGGAUCGUUAAGUAAGGUGCUCACACAUACACUCUCUCUCUUUCUCUCUCUUCUCUUUAGGAUACGAGGAGGAAGAUAAAGAUGACGAAGGACGGUACUUUCGUGCCUGCUCGCAAGCGUACUUCUUAGGAUACUUUAUGGUUCCUUUGUGCAGCGGAGCUGCAUGCUGCCGACAUGUCAAUGACAACGGUGCGCGCCGAGUGUGCACCGAGAUCGUCGCGAUAUCGCACGCUCGUUCUAAAUCGUCCCUCCAACUUCUCCGCACUGGCCUUAUUCACCCGCGUUUUAUUAAACUUUAACACUCUCUCACGAACGAGAUUCGUUGCGUUUUAUCCUCGCACCUAGAGGGAUAAUACUCUACAUCCACCGCGAUCUCACAGAGGCAGAGGCGAUAAUUCUUCUCGAAAUCGUAAUAAUCGCGAGAUAACGCGGGAGUUGGAUCACCUCCUCCUCUCUAUUCGCGAGAUGCCACUAAACCUUCCGAGCUAGCUGUUUAAAUUUCUACGUACAGGAGGGAAAAAACGGGAGAAGAAAUCGUGCUCCUUUUUCCUUGUCGCACAACAAUUUUCUUUUAGAAAUCCUAUUCGAAAGAAGGAAUUUUUAAAGAACAGUUAGAACAGUUCACGGAAUACAGAGUGUAUAGGAGUCUAACAGAGAAUUAGAAUUCCUUUCCGACCGAAUCUCCACCAUCUUCCUAGACUUUCGAUCGAAUCCCAUACGAUUACCAUACCGCCGCGACUCCUGUUUCCUGUGGCGCGCCUCUUUUAUGAGCCUGUAAUCUUUUAUUCCGCCGCCGAUGCGACAUCGAUACACGGUCCGGCGAUAUCGUUCAGAGAUACGGAGUAAGAUCGGUUCUGCAUCGUUGGCGGACGAAAGGAAACUCGCGCCCAUAAAUCAGGGACGUUACAACCCUUUUUUUUCGACCGGCGUGGAGAAAUGCGGAGGAGGAGGAGCGGAAGUUCGAUAGCUAAAAGGGAAGGGAAGGGAAAAACUGGCCCAUCUUUUAUUCGACGAUGUACAAGUGCGUGCGCUCGCGAUCAGGGAGGAUUAAAAAGAAAAUGGAACGAGGCUUUGAACAAGGUAUUAUGCAACGGUGGAGUAAUCUCUGCAAGAGUAGUAACUCGGUCGUGGUGGAGAACGGAGAUGAAAUUAUGCGUCGAUAGAUUCGAUAGAAUUUAACAGAUUGUUUAUAUAUAUAUAUAAUUUGGAGGGAAGGAUUUGAAUUUGAACGAGGGUGGUUGAGAAUUGAAGUGAAAUUUAUCCAUUUUAUUUUGUUAUUGGGAAUUAGAUUCGUGUAAAUAAUAGUUUAGAAAAAUAACUCCGAAGAUGUACAAUCAGUCAUCCUUAUGAAAAUUUGUCUAACCAGUUAUAAUGUAUAUAGAAUAAUUUUUUUAUUAAUGGAAUAUUACUUUGAAGAGAGUGAAAUCGAUCCCUAAAGCAUUGAUAUUCGUGAAUGAUGAAAAUUUGAAGAUUAAUUUCGAGCACGAAGAGAUUUUACAUUUUGAGAAUAAAUUGGAAAUUUGAAUCAAAUUUUUCAAGAUAACGUAUGAAAAUUAUUUAUGCUUCUAUGAGUAAACGAUAUCAAUUGAUACUUGUGAUCGAAAUUAUAACGACAGUAGAUGCAAUUGGAUAAUAGUUGGAAACGUCGAUCUCGGUACUAAUUCUCGGUUCAGUUCGAAACUCCAUGGAGACGAACGCUCGAUGUCUCUGAAUAAAAUAUAAAACGAGAACGCCUCCCGGUGAGAAGUUGUUGCGUUGACCUGAGCUACCUGAGUCAUUCGGCAUCGAUCGUGCAAAUAUGAGCGAUGUUGGGUGUUUACAUGCAGCUGCACAAGCACACGCGAAACGCGACGAGCACGCACGAGAAUUUUGGAAACAUCAACAACAACAACGAUCGUGUUUAUAUAUAUAUAUAUAUAUAUAUAUUAUAUCAUAGUUUUUAACAGGGACGACGAUUCUACGGAUAUACAUAUAUAUAUUGUAUUCUCGCCACCCCGAAACUAAUAAAUGCGCCGCAUUAUCUCUCAAUAUGUAUAUAGCGAUUGUAAUUUAUACAAAUAAAAAAAAAAAAUUAUGUGUAAUAACGUAUUAUAUAAAUAAGCCUGUCGAGACACUGGAAGACGCGACCACUUUUGUACAUAACAUUGUAACAUAUAGCGGUUAAAAUGUAAGAGAGGAAACAAGUGAGAGUGCAGCGAAGAAGGAGAGGGUGAAAAUUUGCAUUUAAGAAUAAGGCGCGGAAUGAGUGAUGGCGAAGGAAUGGAGGUAAUAAUAACGAUGAAAACGAAAAUAAUAAUAAUAAUAAUAAUAAUAAUUAAUAAUUAAUAAUUAAUAAUUAAUAAUAGUAAUAAUAAUAAUAAUAAUAAUAAUAAUAAUAAUAAAAAGAUACCACUGUGAGUGUAAUUAUAAUUGAUCAAUAGUAAUAACGAAUACCGGAUGCAUAUUUGAUAUUUGUGUGCCUGUAUCCUUUUGUAUGCUAACGAGAUAGAACGAAAAAUAAAACUAUACAUAUUAUAUUGUACUAAUUGCGACGUAGGGGGAAAAAAAAAACUACGAGUAAACGAGGUGUAAUGUGCACACACACGCGUACACACACACACACAUAUACAUACGAGUACACGUGAAAACACACGUACACACAAGUAUACACGCGAACUAAACAGAGGAAAAAUACACACCCUUCCAAGUUGCAUAUACACACGAGAAGAUACACACAUACACAGAGUAGACUAUCUGUCCUGGGUUGGACGAAAAUAAAACUUUUAGCGAAGCGAAA